AUAUGAUAUGUAAUUUUUCAAUUUUUGUGAUACGUCAACCUUAGAGUAGUCGGCAACUUUUAUUUAAAUAAUUAUGAAUGUACAAAUAAUUAUAACAAUUUCUUUAUCAAUUUUAUUUAGUCUCAUUAAGGCAGAAUGGAACACCAGAGAUUAUAUGAAACGAGAGCAUUCUUUAAUAAAACCUUAUCAAGCGUCUGGGAUGGGUAUCCCGUUUUGGGACUUUAUGGGUAGCACAAUGGUAACUAAUAAUUAUAUUCGAGUCACCCCCGAUUUGCAGUCUAAAACUGGAGCAGUGUGGAAUACCAUUCCCGUAUUUGUACGGAACUGGGACUUACAAGUACAUUAUAAGGUGCACGGAAAAGGUAAAGAUCUUUUCGGCGACGGUUUAGCAAUUUGGUAUGCUAGAGAUCGUAUGGAAGCGGGUCCGGUGUUUGGAAAUAAAGACUUCUUCCACGGUCUUGCAGUUAUAUUAGAUACCUACAGUAAUCACAAUGGCCCACACAAUCAUCAACAUCCGUACAUUUCGGCGAUGGUGAACAAUGGAACUUUACAUUAUGAUCAUGAUAGAGAUGGUACGCAUACGCAGGUUGCUGGAUGUGAAGCGAAGUUUAGAAAUCUGGAGCAUGAUACGCAUAUUUCCAUUAAGUAUGAAAGGGACGUUUUAACAGUGUCUACAGAUAUAGAAAACAAGGCGGCGUGGAAGGAGUGUUUCCAAGUUAAAGGUAUAAAACUUCCAACCGGUUAUUUUAUCGGCGUUAGUUCUACGACCGGUGAUUUAUCAGAUAAUCAUGAUAUCUUAUCAAUUCGUUUCUACGAACUUGAUUUACCGGAUGAUCCUCACAGUAAUGAAGACAGAUCGGGAAUUUUACCAUCGGCAACCUAUUUUGAACCGCCACGUGAUCACACUGAAGAUCCGAAACCAUCCUCGUUGUCUGGGAUUAAAAUAUUUUUGUUGAUGAUGAUCGGGUGUAUAGCGGUUGUAGCAUGUGUUGUUAUCGGUAUCAUGUUUUACCAGAAGCAGCAAGAGCAUGGUAGGAGAAGAUUCUAUUAAGUGCCAAUAAAUACAGACUUUUUUUAAUAAGCCAAAGUGAACAGUGUUUUGUUUUGAAACUCUUUGCCACUGAAGAAUGUCUCUGCCUUAUUAGUUUUUUUUAAUGAAAGUAUCUAUUAGCAUUUGAGAUGAGCUUUUAACAACAGAUUCCCAGACAUUCCUUAGUGGCAAAGUAGUAUACCAGCUUGAUAAUUGCUAUAACUGCGGAGUAAUAAGACUUUUUAAUUAAACCAUGGUUGUCAGUAAAACAAUUUUCAUUGUUAUUCAUUUACGUAAGGAUACCUGCUAUGCAUUUGAGAAUUGGGACUGUAUGAAUGAGAUAUUAAUUAUUAAUAUCGAUUCUAUUGAUAGAACUAUUGUAUAAUUAUAAAGAAUAAUUUAUGUACAGCUAAGUAGAAACGAAAUAUUUUUGCAUUACUAAUUCUAGUUCACAAACGUUGAUACCUGUGAAGUGCAAGAAUUUACCCUCACAUCCAUACGAAAACAAGAUGAAUUUAUUCCUGUUAAUGUAUUGUACAUAUUAGCAUUAAGGUAUGUAAGUCUGUUGGUUUUUAUAGACUGUGUUUAAUUAACAGAUAAGUAUGGCCAAAAAUAUUUUGUGAUUGGGUAAAAUAAAUAAAUUUUAAUAUA